AUGAUGCUACAAAUUAGUGGUUGCACAUUCCUGUGGCCAUGCAAACUCAGAGACACUCAGUGUCUUUGGGAAACUGUCUCCUUUAUUGUAGUGAAUAUAUUUAUUUUCCUCUCCUCUCUGCCAGAUCUGCCUGAGCCACGAGGAAUAAACAUUCGCCUUCAAUAGGCUACCAGCAUGGACUCCAGUAACCCCUUUGAACCGUUUGCUGCAUUUACCAAUGGCUUUUUCCGUGACCCCAGCACCAGCCGGCGCUUUACCCCUCCAUCCACUUCUUUCUCCUGCGGUAAAAUGGGAGACAGCAACGGGGCCAUCAGCUCCUCUGGCCCAGGGAGGACAAGGACGGAGAUCCGGACGGUGGUGGAUGUCCUGGCAGAUCACGCAGGAGAACUGGUCCGGACUGACAGCCCCAACUUCUUGUGCUCUGUUCUGCCGUCACAUUGGAGGUGCAACAAGACCCUGCCGGUGGCUUUCAAGGUUGUGGCUUUGGGUGACGUCUCUGAUGGGACAGUUGUAACAGUCAUGGCUGGAAAUGAUGAGAACUAUUCUGCGGAGUUGAGGAAUGCAUCUGCUGUUAUGAAAAACCAAGUAGCUCGAUUCAAUGAUCUCCGCUUUGUUGGGAGAAGUGGAAGAGGUAAGAGUUUCACUCUGACAAUCACAGUUUUCACAAGUCCUACACAAGUCGCCACAUACCACCGAGCCAUCAAGGUGACUGUAGAUGGCCCACGAGAGCCAAGAAGGCACCGGCAGAAGCUUGAAGAACAGGGUAAGCAUUUCACGGAACGCUACAGUGAAUUGGAGCUUAUACGGAGGCAGAGUAUUAGGGUGCAGCCCAACCCAAAUCCACGGCCCACACUUACUAACCCACAUCCAUUUAGCAAUCAAGCUCAAACACAAAUACAAGCAACAGAUCUCAGCCCAUUCUCAGACCCACGGCAGUUUGAGCGCUCCUUUUCAACUUUACCAUCUCUUACGGAGUCCAGGUUUUCUGAUGCGCGUGUGCAUUAUCCAGGAGCCAUGUCCUCUGCCUUUUCCUACACGGCCUCUCCCUCAACAACUGGAAUUGGAGGCAUUAGUGUGACAGGUAUGCCCGCCACCACACGUUUCCAUCCCACUUACCUUCCACCUCCUUAUCCUGGUUCAUCUCAAAACCAAAGCGGACCAUUCCAGACCAAUGCAUCUCCAUACCAUUUAUACUAUGGCACAUCUUCUGGAUCAUAUCAGUUCUCCAUGGUUGCAGGCGAACGUUCUCCAUCAAGAAUGCUUUCUUCUUGCACAAGUGUAACAGCUGGGAACAACUUGAUGAACCACAACCUGGCCAACCAGAAUGAUGGAGUAGAUGCAGAUGGAAGCCACAGCAACUCUCCCACCACUUUGACCACCAGUGGUAGAAUGGAUGAGUCUGUCUGGAGACCGUACUAGGUAUACAGUACAUAGAAGAUUAGACAACUGUUGAUGUAAAAAUCUCCAGCAAAGACUGUCCAGUCAGAAGAUGUGUUCAAAAAUAAAGUUGUAAUCAUUAUAUGGUACCUAAUGCAGUGUAUUAUACAUACUUAAAUAUGUUAUAGCCUUAAAUUUAAGUCCAAACAAAAGACAAUCGACUGAAAAACUUUGGAUGUGUCUACAGAUCUCCUUUUAGUUUAUAGAAGGUACUAAUCUAAUUACUGUGUAAGCAUUAUCAUCUCAACAUGAAAAAUACAUUGCUCACCAAGACGGAGGAUUAAACAAGAGUUGUAAAACUGCACUGAACUGAAAACCUCUUUAGGUGUGUUCCUCAUGUGUGUAUUUAGGAGUUUUAUGUUUACAGCAAAUUAAGAAAUUUAAAAAUAAGUGUACUUGCCAUUAAGGGGAGCUCUUGAAACCGCAAAAAAACUAAUUGGGGCACACCAGUUUGUGUAUAUUAUUUAAAUCAUUAAAUAUUAAUAUUAUAGUUGAUACAUGAAGACUCAUGCAGACCAUCUAAAAUGAUGAAUCAUAUUUUAUUGUCUUGAAAACUGAUCUAAGAGAUCUAUUUUCCUACUUAGUUAUAACACUGUUAAACUCAGUCUAUAGGCAUCCCAAAGAUACAUUUUAAAUAUCUACUGUUUCAUAGAUUAUUUGUAAUACACACAAGCUGAUCAUUACUUUUUUUUUUAACACAAAGCAUCACAAAGCAGUAACCUGCCACUAGACAAGUUACCCAGGUUAAUUUCUGGGAUAUGCAGCAUUUAGAACACUCAUAUUAAUAUACUGACCUAGCUCAUACUUGCCUACUCUCCUGGAACAUCCGCAAGUUUCCCAGCGAUGCAAGCAGACUGGGUGGCUUGAAUCGCAUCGUCAUGACCCCAACCCCUGCUUUACCAUGCCAGUAAUCAUGGCACUGUAUAGCAGGGGAGGGGGUGGAGCCUUGAUGACAUGAUCUUUCCGCCAUGCCCCCCUGUCCUGGCCACUUGGCCGCAACAACCCGCCCUACCCCUUGCAGGUCCUGGGAGGGGGCAACCACAAAGUAUAUAGUUCUGGGACAUUUUUGUAAACAGAUGCACAUGAAAAGGUGACGUGGGUUGGGUACAAAAUGCAUGUAAGUAUUCUAGCACUAACCAUCCCUUCCAGCAGCCUAGCCACAACCGUCACCUUGGCAACCUAAUCCUACCUGUCCCAUCCCGCAGUUAAACCCUAACCCUCCCCCUGGUGCCCCCCUAACAACAAAACAGUCAAAGAUCAGUAUUAAUAAGGGAGAAUCUAACAAAUCCAUAGUUGCUAUUAUAAUCCGUGACAUUUCAACAGAAAUUCAGGCUUUUUAUUUCAUGUGUAAUCAAUUUACCCUUAAGAUAACUGUAUAUGUUAAGGUCCAAUAACAGAAAAUAUAGUUUGCCCUAUUUAUUUUAUUUAAUGUGCUAAAUUGAAUCAUUUUAGUUCAAUUAUUUACACAGUGACUCCCUAGACAAAGUUGUUUUUGUUUUAGUAUUAUUCUGAGAGCAAAGAGAGUGUAGUGUAAGGUUGAUGGUAAUAUGGUACAGGAAAUGGGUAUAAAUAUACAAAUUAUGUAUAUACAGCAUCCUAACAAAUCAAUAUAACGUGAUAUCAGCACAAUCUACCAUUAUGUACCAUAAUCAAAGCAUGAGAAUUUUAAUCAAUACAAGUUUAACUAUUAUUAAAUGAUGUGUGCAGAUUGUUUACAUCAUUGUAUGCUGUUGUGAUAUAUGUAAAUCAAAAGCAGCCAUACUAUAUAUGGUAGUGAUAUCAUUACAGAACAAGCUCAACGAUUUCAUUGUAUCACAGUAUAAGGCUUAUAGCUGAAUUCCAAAACAAUUUUGCACAUUUUGCAGUAAUGAUUUUCUUUGUGCAAUAUUUUCUUCUGUAAAAAAUAAUUUUGAUGGAAAAGAUGAGUGCAUCCUUUUAUAGACAAGGCAAGUGAUGAGGUAUAAACAGCUGCUGGGAACAUUAAUGGUAAGUUACCCAGCCUUAUGAUGGCGUCUUGCAGUCUCCAAAUAGCAUUUUUUUUAGCAGUACCUUACAGUCUUCAAAUCGCAUUUUUUUUCCAAAUGUGGUCUAGUUCAAAUUAGGAUCUAAUACUCUUGUAUAUAACAAUCUUCACUGUCGGUACACUGUAUUUAAUUUUAUAAUAGUCACUUUUCUCUGGGUCUGUGUAACGCCUUCCAUGUUUCAGUUUGACACAAGCACUGCGUCAGCAUUAACAUACAACUUCAAAGUCGACAUGAUAUAAAUAUUUUAUAUAAAAUAAGAUUUUGCUUUGCACUAUUUCUGCUUACUUUAGAUAUGCAAUAUUUUGAAAAGAUGGAAUAGAUAUGUUUUAAUUUAUGCAAUUGUAUAUAAAAAAAUAUUUUUAAGGAUUACUUGUUGUUGCAGGGAAACUUGUAUGCAUUAUAUAUUAUCAAAAUGUUUUAUUUAUUUGUUCUUAAUAACAUUACUUGAUCUUUCAUCACAUGUUUAGGAAAGAACACAUGUUUUUUUACUACUUUUGAGAGGAUAAUGGUGUGCUAUUCUGAACUGAUACUGUAUACUCAGGGCCGUAACUAGGUGUGUGCGGGGGGAGGGGGAAGGUGUUGUUGUCGGCACUUGUCAAUUAUCUGUUUUAAUUACUUUCACUUGCAGCUUCCCCCCUUUUUGAAGCGCAGGUCUAUGUAGUAUGUGGCUGCAAGAGAUUGGAUGUGUGGCUGCACACUACAUAGAUCUGCUCAAUUGCAAUGCUGAUUACUUUUUUUUUUACAAAGUACCAGUAGCUUCACAUAGUGUUCAUAGUUUUUAUGCACGAUCAAAUAACUCAACGAGUAGGGUGUUUGAUUACAAUUCAACAUGUUAUAGGUUUGAAUCCUGGGUACAGCAGUAUAUUGAAAUGUGUUAUUUAAUAAUGGGUAUUCCAACUGAAUAACAACAAGUUCUCAAGUAAAGUGCAUGAAUGUGGUGUAAAGAGGAUUGUCCAACCCCAUUUUCUCGCAGUGGUCUAUAAAUGUGUGUGUAUUAUUUAUAUAUAUAUAUAUAUAUAUAUAUAAAAUGUGGGAAGGGGCAUCAUAGCAUGGGCUUUCUCUGGGAUCAAUCUUGACAUGCCCGUUCCCCACAAGGGAUGCGCCUUAUGUCCAUACUGAAAAAAAUGUGUGUGGGGGGGUGUCACCAAUUCUUUCUGUGGCACAGGGCACCAAAAUGUCUAGUUACGGCUCUGUGUAUACUGAUAUUUUCAUUGUCUGGCAUUGCAGAUGAGGGGGGUAAGAAAUGUAGACUAUCAUCGCAAGUUUUUUCAUAGGAACAAACAUUGGCAUGAAACUUAAAUAUGAUUCCUGCAAGCAGUAGGAUUAAAAGAAUAUUUAGGGCGGUAUCCAAUUACCCACAAUAAAAUAUCGGCAGCAAAAAACUGGAGUUUUGAAAAACAUUUUGCCGAUGUUUCACCGACAUUUUAUUGCAGGGUAUUCAAUUAGAUCUCCCAUAAAAACAUACUUUUUCAUGUGGAAACACACAGGUUCAGCGAAACCUGUGUGUUUUCACCAUCACAGCUUAUCAGGGAUACUGCUUCGUCUGCCGGGGUCAAGUGAAACAAAAAUCCCCAAUAAACCAUGGCUUUUGCUGGCUUAUUGGGGCUAAUAGGAUAGCCCCCGGCAAAGCAAUUACCCAUGGUCAAUGACCGCGGGAAAUUGGCUAUCGACCUUAGUGUGAUUUAUCAAGCAGAAGAGUAUGUAUGGCUAAUAGUAUGUGGAUGGGUCUCUGCAUGGACACAAAUGUCAGGUUUUGGCAUACAGUGUGUGCACAGAUGCCAAUUUGCACAUUAUUGUGCAUCUCCACCCUAUCUCGGCUGGAUCUGUCUUUCCGUAAAAUGGGCAUUUCAGGGUAAGGAGUGAGCGAUAACCAUGCAAUAGCACAGAACUGUUCUUCCUUGUGGGUGUGUAGCUAGAGGUCUCUGCUAUUCUGAGCUGUGUGUACUGGGAAGAGAAGCCUGUUUCCCACAGAUCUCUUGCACCUGCAUGGGGUUGGUGCAAGUGCCAAUACUAAAGAUGACAGUUGCAGCUGUGGAUGUAAAAACAAUGGGCAGAGCGGAUUCCCACUUAAAGCCACAUGGAUCCAUGUAUUUACCAUAUGGAAAGUAACUGACAUUAGCAUAAGAUAGUAAAUCAGUCUUCUACUACCUACAAAUACAGGUAGGCUUCUAGUUCUACUACCCACAAAAACAGCCACUGUGAGUCCCACUCAGAAUCAGCACCAUAGACUAUGAUUGUGUGACUGAUGUUACUGCACCUGCAUAUGCACUUAGUAUACUCUGUUACCAUAGAGAUGUUUAUUUCAGUUAGAGUGCCCUUGGUGGCACACAGAAAGGCUGGGUAUUUUGAGACAGUAACUGCACUUGUUUAGUUUAGCUCUUGCUCUAUGCAAGAUGCUGUGUAAACAUAAAAUAUCAGUAUUCACCACUGUUAUUUAAAUACCCUGCAAUUGAGAAAGUUGUAGGAUUCUCCUGUACACAAUCCAAGAACCUGCAAUUAUCUCAAAUAAGACCUUUCUUGGCAACUGGUCUGGAAAUGUCAUACAUUGUGUUGGUCAGAGUGGUCAGCUGCAACUCUGAGCAACAGAAAAUCAACAUUGUACUUCCUAUAUAGUACAUACACAUCAUUAUUUCCUUCUACCUAUGAGCUGUUUAAGGGUAAGACAAGCAGCUUAAUGUUCAUUUGAUUUGGGUUAUGGGCAAAUGGAAGCUAUGUAUUCAGCAUAUAAGCAUACGUAAUCGGGUGGUCUUCACUUUGCCGGCGGUCGGG